UCUCAACCAAAUCAUGUCUGGACGCGGCAAAACCGGCGGCAAGGCUAGAGCCAAGGCUAAGACCCGAUCAUCCCGGGCUGGGCUUCAGUUCCCGGUGGGUCGUGUCCACAGGCUGCUCCGCAAAGGCAACUAUGGCGAGCGUAUCGGUGCCGGCGCCCCCGUCUACCUGGCGGCAGUGCUCGAGUACUUGACUGCUGAAAUCUUGGAGUUAGCCGGCAACGCAGCUCGCGACAAUAAGAAAACUAGGAUCAUCCCCCGCCAUUUGCAGCUCGCCGUCCGCAACGACGAGGAGCUCAACAAACUCCUUGGCGGAGUGACUAUCGCCCAGGGCGGUGUCCUGCCCAACAUCCAGGCUGUCCUUCUGCCCAAGAAGACCGAGAAGGCUGCCAAGAAGUAAGACUGUUUUCUGUAAGGAAGAUCUCCACAACGGCUCUUUUAAGAGCCACCCACUUAUCUGUAGUGAGCUUGUUUCCAUUGAAGAGACUUUGAAAAUAUCAGUUCUCAGGGUCUGAUUCCGUUUGACUGCCUUUAAUGAAACUAACAAAUCUUAGCCUGAGUCAGGGGUCGGCAACCCGCGGCUCUAGAGCCGCAUGUGGCUCUUUAGCGCCGCCCUAGUGGCUCUCUGAAGCUUUUUCAAAAAUGUAUGAAAAAUGGAAAAAGAUGAGGGGGAAAAAAAACUUUUUUGUUUGUUUUAGUAUGGUUUCUGUGGGAGGACAAACAUGACACAAACCUCCCUAAUUGUUAUAAAGCACACUGUUUGUAUUAAACAUGCUUCACUGAUUCGAGUAUUUGGCGAGCACCGUUUUGUCCUACUAAUUUUGGCGGUCCUUGAACUCACCUUUAGUUUGUUUCCAUGUAUAACUUUCUCCGACUUCCUAGGACGUGUUUCAUGCCACUUCUUUUUCUGUCUCAUUUUGUCCACCAAACUGUUAACGUUGUGCGUGAAUACACAAAGGUGAGUUUUGUUGAUGUUAUUGACUUGUGUGGAGUGCUAAUCAGACAUAUUUGGUCACUGCAUGACUGCAAGCUAAUCGAUGCUAACAUGCUAUUUAGCCUAGCUAUAUGUACAUAUUGCAUCAUUAUGCCUCAUUUGUAGCUAUAUUUGAGCUCAUUUAGUUUCCUUUAAGUCAUCUCAAUUCAAUGUAUAUCUCAUGACACACUAUCUGUAUGUAAUAUGGCUUCUAAUUUGUUGCGGCUCCAGACAGAUUUGUUUUUGUAUUUUUGCUCCAAUAUGGCUCUUUCAACAUUUUGGGUUGCCGACCCCUGGCCUAAGUAAAGGCCAAAUUGACAUGAGUCUAGGUGGCUUGUUAUAGACGUGUCUACUAAAGACAGUGAGGUUUUGACACCAUGCUAUUAAGUACAACAGAUACUAGAUCAGUGGUUCUUAACCUUGUUGGAGGUACCGGAUCCCACCAGUUUCAUAUGCGCAUUCACUGAACCCUUUAGUGAAAAAUAAAAUGUUUUUUUUCAAAUUCAUGACAAAGUUAUGUUUUUGGUGACACUUUAGUAUGGGGAACAUUUUCUAAGUAAAAAAGACUUAAUUUAGAGUUUUUUGGACACUGGGGGAACAUAUUCUAAGUAACAAAGACUUAAUUUAGAGUUAUAGGUUUAGGGUUAGGGUUAUAAUAAGGCCAUGCCGAACAAGGCAUUAAGUACUUAAUGACUAGUUAAGAUCCAUUUGCAUGUUAAUAAGCAACUAAUUAAUGGUGAAUAUGUUCCCCAUACUAAAGUGUUACCACAUUUUUUUACUGGUGCACAAAAUGAACUGUGCAUGAACAUCAACUUGUUCAAACAACAAAACCAACACAGUGCAUAAACUCACAACAAAUUACACGCCUGCAAAUCAGUCUGACUUCUGCUGUUGCCGUAUCCGUUAUACGCCGAUAGGGAGAAGUUUUUAUUUACACAAUGAGUCUGGUGUGUUUUGACCUCCGCCGAACCCCUGACCCCGACUCACCGAACCCCUAGGGUUCGAUCGAACCUAGGUUAAGAACCACUGCACUAGAUGAAGUGAUUUUGCAUUGCAUAUAAACAGAUGCUUGUACCACAAUGGCAUUACAAAAUAUAGUUCAACAAUAUAUAUUUUAAUAGCAUGUAAGCAUGCUGUCUUUACCCAAAUCAAUGAGUAUAGAAUAGAAUGGACUUUAUUGUCAUAUUUAUAGUAUGAUAUAAUGAAAAAUUGCAAUGUCUUGACUUUGUGUAUAUGUAUAGUGUGCAGAUAUUGGAGGUUUGUUUUUUCCUCUCUGAUUAUAUUUUUGUCUUUAACAUGAAAUGCUGUGUAGUUUUGUCAUAAAAAAAUUGCCUUACGAGAAAGAAGCAAUGUCGAAAGAUAUGUAAUUUUUGCAAAAUCAUUGAUAUAGGAGUUUUGUCUUAU